AUGCAAAAGGAGUUCAAGCUGACCUUCGACGACUAUGCUUGCCAUCUGCCAGAGGUGCAGCCGAAUCUGAUCGCUGCCGAUUUCCCAUCACGCGCGCGGCAGCACUGGCUUGCCGCUCGCUUGAACCGGGACCAUGCUGGCAGAUAUCUGGUUGUGAACCUCUCUGGCGCAACCUACGACAACUUCGAGCUACAAGGCCCUGUUUUAGACGUCAUGAUGUCUGGGUGCGUCCCGCCUUUGGAGGUCCUGCUGCGGCUAGUGGUGUCUAUGCACCGCUGGCUCACGCGGACGCCUUCAAACGUCGUGGUUGCCCACGGCCCGAAUGAGUCUGCUGUGCCGACAGCCACCGGCCCAGGACCUUGUCCGGUCGUGCUCCUCUACGCCUGCUAUCUGAGUUGGCUGGGCCUGGCGGACCACCCCAGGGAGGCCAUGCAGGAAGUCAUGAGGCUCCUUGGCCUGCCUGACGUCCUGUGGCCGUCGCAGCGUCGAUAUCUGAGCUAUUUCGGCCUCCUGCAAGGGGGCCUGGACCUCCAGGCGCAGGGCGAGGGACGCCUGGCGCGGGUCGUCCUGCUUCAUGCGGGCUCCGAAGACCGCGAAAGGUUGCUGGAGGUUUGGAAACAGGACCAGCUCGUCUUUCGCGCCCACAUUCGGGAGGACGACGACGUCUGCCACACCUCCGCGCUCCGCGUCACGCCGAACGACGGCUGUUUCGGGGAUCUCUCCAUGAGGAUGGUCACGCGACAGCGGCCCACAGAGAAAGGCGGUGCUGUGGACGACUGGCAGUUGGAAUUCCAGGUCUGCUUUCACACAGCCUUCCUGGCUGCAGCUGGUGGCGUGAAGCGCUUCGACGCCGCAGAGUUAGACCUGGCCCGGGGGCCGCGACCCGAAGGCUGUGCUGUUGAUGUCUUCCUGGAGCCUAUGAGCAACGAGCCACAGGACGAUUCCGAGAAUUCAGCGACAGCCGCUGCAGCUGCAGCGUCCAGAGGGCCACGGAAAGCCGAUGGCGGCGUGGAGUUUUUCGACCUCGCCGCAGCAGAUGCCGAAGCAGAUGCCGAGGUUUCUGGGAUGCCGGACAGCUACCAUCACCAGGUCUUCGCGCCGGAUGACAUCGACGCUUUUUUCGAUGAGCUUUGA